GCUCACAGACAAGCCUCCCAAGCCUUUGUUCCCCAUGGAGAAUCAGCCGAGUGUUAUAGAUGUCCAGCUGGGUAAGCCUCUGAACAUCCCUUGCAAAGCAUUCUUUGGAUUCAGUGGAGAGUCCGGACCAAUGAUCUACUGGAUGAAAGGGGAGAAGUUUAUUGAGGAACUGGCAGGUCACAUUAGAGAAGGUGAAAUAAGACUCCUCAAAGAGCAUCUUGGAGAAAAAGAAGUUGAGUUGGCACUCAUCUUCGAUUCAGUGGUGGAGGCUGACCUGGCAAAUUAUACCUGCCAUGUGGAAAACCGAAAUGGACGAAAACAUGCCAGUGUUCUGCUGCGUAAAAAGGAUUUAAUCUACAAAAUCGAGCUUGCAGGAGGCCUGGGAGCAAUCUUGCUCCUCCUUGUACUGCUUGUGGUCAUCUACAAAUGCUACAAUAUUGAACUGAUGCUCUUCUACCGACAGCAUUUUGGAGGUGAUGAAACUACAGAUGACAACAAGGAAUAUGAUGCCUAUCUUUCUUACACAAAAGUGGACCAAGAUACUUUAGACUGCGACAACCCUGAGGAAGAGCAGUUUGCUCUUGAAAUACUGCCAGAUGUGCUAGAAAAACACUAUGGUUAUAAGCUCUUCAUCCCAGAAAGGGACCUGAUUCCAAGUGGAACCUACAUUGAAGAUCUCACAAGAUGUGUUGAGCAAAGCAGAAGACUUAUUAUCGUGCUAACUCCAGACUAUAUUCUCAGACGAGGAUGGAGUAUUUUUGAAUUGGAAAGCAGACUCCAUAAUAUGCUAGUCAGUGGAGAAAUCAAAGUGAUUUUGAUUGAAUGUACAGAAUUAAAAGGGAAGGUGAAUUGCCAGGAAGUGGAAUCACUAAAGCGCAGCAUCAAACUUCUGUCCUUGAUCAAGUGGAAGGGACCCAAAAGCAGCAAAUUAAAUUCUAAAUUUUGGAAGCACUUAGUAUAUGAAAUGCCCAUCAAGAAAAAAGAAAUGCUUUCUCGGUGCCAUGUUCUGGACUCUGCAGAACAAGGACUCUUUGGAGAACUCCAGCCUAUUCCCUCUAUUGCCAUGACCAGUACCUCGGCCUCUCUGGUGUCAUCUCAAGCUGAUCUCCCAGAUUUCCACCAUUCAGAUUCGUUGCAAAUGAGGCACUGUUGCAGAGGUUAUAAACACGAAAUGCCAACCACUACCUUGCCAGUACCUUCCUUAGGCAACCACCACACUUACUGUAACCUGCCUCUGACACUACUCAAUGGACAGCUACCCAUUAAUAAUGCCCUGAAAGAUACCCAGGAAUUUCAUAGGAACAGUUCCCUGCCACCUUUAUCAUCCAAAGAGCUUAGCUUCACCAGUGAUAUUUGGUAGUGGAAAAUCUGAAGUCCUCUGAACAGCUAUGUGAGCAUACAAAAUUUCUGCUAUACUAAGUAAAAAGUACACCUAAUAACACUGAGGUGCUGAAAAGUUGUUCAAAGAAAAAGGCACAGAAAUCACUUUUCUAUCUAAAUUUUUUGUUUAUAUUUCCAGAGUAGUGGGGGGAUAGAAGGACCUGAUUUUAUAGUAUAGUACCUUGUUCCAAUGUACAGUUUUGAUUUCUUCCCUAAAAGAAAAAAAAAUUAAUUCUAUUGAUUUAGAGUAGGUUUUCUGAUACCACUUAGACUGCAAGUUUGUAGGUAAGUUAUCUUCCUUAUAUUUAUGAAUAUUUCAGCUUUUCCAUGGUAUUUGAAAUAAGGAAAACUUAAAGACUUUAGUUGAAUUUGAAAAUUCUGAAUGAAGUUUAAGGGAAAAAGAGAAUUUCUAUAGAAUUACUGAAAAUCAGGAAUCAUCAAGAAAGAAGUGCUGGUGCACGCCAAUUGGAAGAUUGUAGAGGAAGAUCGGUUAAGAAAAAAAAUGUGAUUGAAAUGUUUAGAACUUCAACAUAAUGGACAACUUCUGUAUACUAAAGCAACAGCUCAUAAUUACAGCUUUUAGUUUUAUUAGGUAAGCAUAUCUUCUGUAGGCAAACUGGUAGGUAAGUCAACAAUGUGCAUUUCUUAAGCAAAUGAAUAGAUAGGUUAUUAGUUCUUUUAGGAUGAUGCUGAACAAACAUUAUGGCUUUUUAGCCUAUUAACAAAAGUUUUAGCAAUUUGAAAAUGCAUUUUAAGUUAUGAAUUUUAUUGUUUGCUAACAAAUUCACAUUUGGAUUUUUGUUCCAAAUGAUCUCUUGACCUGCUAUAAGAUUUAUAUGAAGACGCUCACAUCUUCCUACUUUU